GCCCCUCCGGAGAGGAGCUCGCCCGCUUCUCGGGAUGGGAGAGGACGAAGCCGGCGCGCCCGGCGGCUCGCAGCCGGAUAAAAAGAUGGCCUACCACAAAGUGAACGCAGAGCAGAGGGCCCAGGGGCACUCUCCGUACCUCGACAGCGACGACCUCCAGGCCACGGCGCUGGACCUGGAGUGGGAUAUGGAGAAGGAGCUGGAGGAACCUGGCUUUGACCACUUCCGCCUGGAUGGGGCAACCCAACAUCCCCUGGGGACCGCACGGAGCCCUGACCUCGACCUCGAGCCUGUUCAGCCGUCCACGUCUCCUAGAGGAAAAUUCCAGCGACUUCAGGAGGAUCCAGACUACAUCUCGCAUUACACGAGACCCGCACCAAAGAGCAACCGCUGCAGGUUUUGUCAGAUGCUUAAAGUACUUUGCACUGUUUUGAUUGUAUUUAUUUUGGGGAUUUUGAUAGGAUAUUAUGCAUACAAGAAAUGUCCUCCUUCCCCAACAUCUCCAGAACCAAAUAACCCUCAUGUCUACCAAGAGAUUCUCAAGGAAAUCAAAGCUGAAAAUAUUCAACAGAUUUACAGAGAUUUGCUACAGUUCCCUGGAGAAGAAGAUACAGAUGUUGCAAUGAAAAUUCUGGCUCGGUGGACUUCUCAUGGCCUUGAAGAUGUUCAGCUAGCAAAUUACUCUGUUUUGCUUGACCUGCCGAGCUCCUCUUUGAAUACAGUAACUCUGAGAAGCAGCGGUGAAUGCUUUUAUCCUAGUGGACGACAGUGCAACAGAGAGACCAAAAAGCUUCACAGCCGAGACCUGCCAUACUCGUACGCAGCGUACUCUGCCAAAGGGACUCUUGAGGCAGAGCUUGUUGAUGUGCAGUAUGGGACUGUGGAAGACUUGGUCCGGAUUCAAGCCAUUACAGAGGUGACCAAAAAAAUAGCACUUUUGAAGCUAGGACAAUCACCUUUGCUUUAUAAGCUUUCUCUGUUAGAAGAUGCAGGGUUUGGUGGUGUUCUUCUUUACAUUGAUCCUUGUGAUUUGCCAAAGACUGCAGAACUUGCGGAUAAAGCCUUUAUGGUUUCCUUGAACAGUGGAGGCGAUCCAUCAACACCCGGCUACCCCAGUAGUGAUGGAAUCUACAGACAAAAUCGAUCCAACCUCACAACGCUGUUAGUGCAACCAGUUUCUGCAGUGCUGGUCAAAAAACUUAUUUCUUUAUCUGAGGAUGACAUCAGAAAAGAUAGAUGUAUCCCCCUUGAGCUUCCAGCCACAGACAAAAAAAUAAUCAGUCUGAAUAUUCAGUCAGUCACAACAUACAAGACAAUUUCUAAUGUUAUUGGAUAUUUAAAAGGAACUGUAUUUCCUGACAGAUACGUCGUCAUUGGUAGUCAUCACAACAGCUUGAAUAGCUAUGGUGGACAAGAAUGGGCCAGUAGCACUGCUGUCAUUACUGCGUUUAUAGAAGCCUUGAUGUUGAAAGCUAAGAGAGGCUGGAGACCUGAUCGGACCAUUGUUUUCUGCUCGUGGGGAGGGACAUCGUUUGGGAACAUCGGUUCGUAUGAAUGGGCAGAGGACCUCAAGAGAGUUCUUCAAAGAAAUGUUGUGGCUUACGUUAGCCUCCAUAAUCCAGUCAGAGGCAACUCAACUUUACAUCCUGUUGCAUCACCUUCUCUUCAACAACUGGCAGCAGAGAGCCAGAGCUUCAGCUGUGUGGACAAGACAAAAUGUCCAGGAUCUAAUGUGAGUUCUGUGCAGAUACAGGGGGAUUCAGAUUAUUUCAUCAACCAUCUGGGAGUACCAGCCACGCAGUUUUCUUAUGAAGACGUCAAAACAUCAGAGAAUUCUAGCUUUCUCUUUGAAGCUCUCUUUCCUGUGCAUACAACAAAAACUGAAGAGCUGGAUCCAUCUUUCAGAUUGCAUGAGACCAUUGCUAAGCUGACAGCACAAGUGACUUUGCGAAUUGCCAGUGAACCAGUUUUGCCGUUUAAUGCCCUCGACAUCGCACUAGAAGUUCAGAACAGUCUUAAAGGUGAUCAGGUAGACACUCAUCAGUUGCUUGCAGUGGCAUCACGUCUGAGGGACACUGCAGAACUGUUCCAAUCAGAUGAGAUGCGUCCAGCUAAUGACCCCAAGGAGAGAGCACCUAUCAGAGUCAGGAUGCUCAACGAUGUGCUGCAAAGCUUGGAGAAAAGCUUUAUUGUUCGACAAGCUCCUCCAGGACUUUACAGAAAUAUUCUUUACAGACUAGAUGAAAGGACAAGCCAGUUUUCAGUACUGCUAGAGGCACUGGAGCACUGCAAGCUGUAUCAGUCAAAUGAGACCAUUCAAGCAGCCUUGUCAGAGGUGUUGAACAGCAUCAAUUCAGCUCAGGUUUACUUCAAAGCAGGACUUGAUGUGUUUGAGACUGCCUUGGCUGGAAAGAAAUGAGAGAAUUCUCUGCAUUCUAAGACGUUUGUUUACAACUUGCAAAACAAAAGUUCGACUCGGACCAGAGGUUCUCUGAAGAUGAAACCUUUUUCAACUUUCUUUCGGUCGGCGCUUAAAGGUACUGCAAUGCGUGUUUUUAUAAGUAUAAAACAGUCUUUUGCACUGUUCGCAGUAUAUCUCAAUUAUCUUGUUUCUGAAUGUAUAAAACAUAAUGAGAGGGAGUAACACUUAAGGUAUGAUUUUUGGAAGGACAUCUGCUGUAUUUUUAUAUGUAAAAAAUAUUUUUAGGACUAAGAGCUCAGCCUUGCAAAGUCCUGAGGACAGUCUGUAAUAUGCUGAGGGCCUGCUUCUGAGACACCCAGAUUUAUAGCCAGCUGAGCUUUC